AGUCCGGAGUAGGCGAGCGAGCGAGGCAGAGGUUUUUGGUCGGCCGGAGCGGAGCGUGAAAUGCCUAAAUCAAAGGAACUUGUUUCUUCAAGCUCUUCAGGCAGUGAUUCGGACAGCGAAGUUGAAAAAAAGUUAAAGAGGAAAAAGCAAGCGGUUCCAGAGAAGCCCGUGAAGAAGCAGAAGCCUGGUGAGACUUCUAGAGCACUGGCAUCCUCCAAGCAGAGCAGCAGCAGCAGAGAUGACAACAUGUUCCAGAUUGGAAAGAUGAGAUAUGUCAGUGUUCGGGACUUCAAAGGAAAAAUUCUAAUUGAUAUUAGAGAAUAUUGGAUGGAUUCAGAAGGUGAAAUGAAACCAGGAAGAAAAGGUAUUUCUUUAAACAUGGAACAAUGGAGCCAGCUGAAGGAACAGAUCUCUGAUAUAGAUGACGCAGUAAGAAAGCUGUAAAAUCUGAGCCAUAUCAAACCUGUACUGUUGUAGUUGUCUUUUUACAUUGGCUUUUGUUUUCUAAAUGUUGUUUUCCAAGCUGUUGUAUAUUUGGAUUGCAGAACAAUUUGUAAGACAAAUACUUUUUUUUAAUGUGCAUUAUUAAAAUGUUCUAAGUGAAGCUAAUUGUCAAGUUUAUUAAAGAGGAUUGCUUUGUGCCCCCUACCUAGUGUGUAAAAUAAAGUCAGAUCAUUACAAUCUUAACUGUGGUACCCUUUUUUGAUCAAAAAAACCUAGUUACUGUUUAAGGCCAAAAGAACAACUAGGCACACUGUUGAGUCAGCUUACAUUCAGAAGGAUUUGUAUUACAUUGAGUUUCUUAGAUUGCUUUGUGAAAUGUAUACUCAGCCUUUUUCUUUCCAACCAGAUUUACUGCGUUUUCCUCUCCAGGACUUCUCCCUACCACAAUAACUUAUCUUUUCUUCAGUUCUCUUAGUGCUCAAGUUUAAAUCACUCUUUACUCAGAUAGAUUACGCUUAUUUAGAAAGUCAAACUGUCAGUUUUGUUGCCUCCUAAGUCUACUGUGCUAAUUACUAGUAUCUGUUUGGCAACAUGACUUAUAUGAGAACUCCAAGCAAGUGUAUGUCAUUAUUCAUAGUGCUCUGUGUAGAUGUUGCUUAGUUUACAGAACAUAGUGACUUUGAUGUCUGAUGAGCUGUCACUCAGUAAACAUUUGUGCUAGGGUGAUGGUUAUAAAGUCAGAUAUUAAACUAGAUUAGACUUGUAAAAAGUGUGAAACUUACUGGCCUACUGUUAUAUUCUAAUAAUGUGUGGAUUCUAUGUAGUCAGAUGUGGCACUGAGCUCAACUGUGGUAGGUUCUGUGGGCAGUUUUAGAGUUGACUGUUCUACAGUUAAUCUGGACAAGUGACUUCCAGACUUGAUGUUAACUAGGUUUGAUAGACAUUUCCAUUGGUUUUCAUUUCAAUUGUGAUGAUUAAGCAAGCAGACAGGCACAUGUUUUAGGGACAUUGCUCCAAUGAAAAGGGCAUAGUGUUCUGAGGGAAAAUGUUUGCAAAGGAAAGUCACCACACUGAAGGGAGCUAGCCUGUGAUGAGAAAGGAACUUUCUUGAAACUAAAUGUUGUGCACAUGAUAUGUUGGUGAUAACAUUAAGAUGGGUCUUCGUAGAAUAAUAGCUAACAAGGACAAUUUAUAGAUGUGAAAAAAUGCUGCCACUAAGGGCUGCCAUAUCAGAAUUGCACUGUCAUACUGAGUCCCACCGUCUAAGCAUUUUAUAGAACUGUUAAGGAUUAAAUUUAAAAAACAGUCUGCCAGGCCUCAUGUGGUUAACUGUCCUCCCCACAGAUACUCUUUAGGUAACUUUUUAGUGUGUUACUCCAAAUUGAUACAUAUAUAUCAAAGGGUUUAAGAUAUAUACCAUAGCUCAUUCUUGAGGGAUGAUCCUCUUAUAAUGUGUUGCAUUUCAUUGAUUUUAUAAAGUAUUCCUUAUUUGUCAUGUAAAGAAAGGAUAGUUAGAACAUAAGACUGGUUUGGUGCAGAUGAGGGGAGAAUAACAGGUAAAUUCCUGAGGCCAUGUGUUAUAUGUACAUUUCAGCUGUCCGAUUGCAGAGAUCUGCCGUCUGCUACCUAGGCAUUGCUAGCUGCUUAGCAUAAAAUUCCAUGUGGAAAGCUUUCUCGGGCAUAAUUUGUUAGGUUGAUAGCUAAAUACAUUCACUAAUGUUAUACCAGAGUUGUUGUUAUUUUUCUUUGUGUGUUGAAAAGGAAAAUUGAGUUAAAAGAAGAGGAAGGACUUUUCAGAUGGAAAAGAAAGGGUACAGUCCUUCUAUUUUGCGUUCAGAUGCCUUUCUCCUCAGUGUCUUAGUUUCUUUUCUGUUGCUGUGGUGAAGUGCCCUGACAGAAGCAGCCAAGGGAGAAAGGGUUUAUCCUGACUCACAGUUCCAUGUUCCAGUCCGUUGUCGCAUUGUCACAGUGGCAGGAACUCCAGACAUCUGGCCACAUGGCUCCAUAGCCAGGAAGCUGAGAGCUGUGAUUGCAUGCUCAGUUCCUUUUUGUCUCAUUAACCUGAGCCCAGGAGCUGGAGUUGGCCACAGCAGGCAAGAUGAUUCUCCAGACAUCAUGCCUAGAGGCCUAUCUUUUGGGUAGUUCUAGAUUCUGUUGAACUAAUAACCAUCAUAGUAAGUUUUCUCCCAGGAAGAAGGCUUGACAUUUUAAGGCAUAAUAUCUUAUUUUGUAACACUAAAAUAAUUAGAUCUGCUGCCAGGUUUUGCCCUUUAAUAUGCUCCAUAGUAAGGCUUCCAAAUGGGUUUUCCUCUUAGGGUAAAAAGCCUUUGGCCAAUUUCCACAAUCACUGAAAAAGAAAAACUCAGAUUUUCUUUUGUUUGCUUCACAAAUGCCUAAAAUCUUGAGAAAUACUACCUCCUUACCUAGUCAAGACGCUGUGAUAACCAGUCUGUGCUGCGUAGUGUUGGAGUCAGCAGCGUGGGGAAAACCGUGGGGAAAGAGCAUCCUGGUCUGGCUGCAAAGGGAGGAAGGGAUUGAACAGUUAUGUAAGCGUUCCUGACAGGAACGCUAGCACAGAGCUUGCCAUAGAGCCUGUGAACGUCUUCAGAACCGUUGAGUUAUAUUUAGGUAUCUUUUCUGAAUUUCUUUGUGGUUCACUUUUUAUAGAAAUUAAUGUAGUGAAACACUAAAGAUUUUUUUCUUAAGAAAGGUAUUUUUUUCCAGAUAAACUAUAAUGUAAACAUGCAUCUAGUGAGAAGUAUGUGACUCUGUAAUUGUGGAAUGACUGUAUGCUUUGUUUAGUACAUCUUCCGUGGAGGUGUCAAUGAACCUAUUAUUCCACCUGUGAAUAUUUUAAAUGUUGAAUAAAAACAAGAAACACA